AUGUCAAGUAGCGGGUCAUCAGGCAAAGAGUCAACAAAUCCAAUAAAUAUUCCCGAAAAUACAACUCGUCGGAGACGGGGAUCAGGAAACAUUACUAGUUUGGGCCAUUCUCUUGCUGAAACUUGGCAAUCAUGGACAGGAAACUAUAGCCUUACUGCUAGCACCUACAUGUCCUGCAAUAUGGUGGUGCCAACAUCUUUUGUUGGUGAGAACCCUGAGCAAGGUGCUACGGGCUCACAAUACUCAUCCAUAUUAUCUAAUCAAUACUAUUCUCCGCAACCUUACCAAUCUGGUUCACAUCUUCCUGGUUCUCAAUAUGAAUCGAAUUUGAUGUCGAUCAGUGAAAGUUUACAUGAACAAGGUGAUCUCCUGGGGUCGUCGUAUGCAAGUAAUAUAUUGAGGCAAUCGGCCGUGGAUUCUAGCAGAAAAAGACCAAUAAUAAUCGCUGAUGCUGAACGCACACCUCUUGUAAGAAG